AAGAGAAGAGAAUGUAGGUGUUGUAAAAGAUUUGAUGCUGAUGGUGACGAAACAUCUCUUCUUUGGAAGUGGUUUCAGUGAUGAAAAUCCAGAACAACACACCAGCCAGAAAGAAAAGAUUCAUCAAAUGCUCUGAGAUACAUUCUGACGAUACGGUCACGUUUACCUCCCAGAGUUUAUUGAGUUGAACGCAAAGCAAUAUCCACCGCCACCAGGUUAUCAAGAACCUUCACUGACGCGUUCUCCAUUUUCGGCAUUGACGGUAGCAGUUCCAUCCCCAACAACGAUGGCAUGGAAGAACAUAUAUGGUGAAAGUGAAAUCUCAAAACCCAUAAAAAUUGUUUCUUUCUCGUUCUUAUUGUUAUCGUAUUUAUUUAUUACCUUCCUUCCUUCACAUGUACUGUUAUCAUUCGUACCCUAUGAUCGGGCUUCUGUAAAAUGCAAUAAAAGCAUAUCUAAUUUGAAUAUAAUGUUCUUUCUUAUUGGUUUCAAUACUGUUCCUGCUUUGAAAAUAGUCAUGCCAUGAAUCUUGAUUUUAACUAUUGAGUAUUGUGCAUCUUGAGAGUGAGAUCUUUUUAAAUCUGUAAUAUACCUACUUUCAUUGCAUGAUUAUUUGAUUAUAAAUGUGCUAUCUCCAUUUUUCAUAGUUGAGGCUCAUCUUUUCUUUUUGGUUUAUAAUAUCCCUAAUGAUCGAUCCAUGAUGUCAAACGUAUCAAGGUUUAAUAAUUGUAACACCAUUCCGAUAGCAAACAAAGUCUUGAUCUUAACAUGUGUUUGGAUUCAAUUCUUCAAGUCUACAAUUUCCCAAGCCUCUUUUCUUUUAUGUCUUGAAUUGCUUCAAAGAGCAAAACUACAAUUAUAUAUAAAGGCUAGACAAAUUGCAGACUUGAAUUAAAUCCAAUCAUCUCAGUUGGGAUGUCUGCCCAAAACGUUUUAUGUUAAACUAGUGAGUAGUGACACCUAACCAAACUCUAGAAUGUUAUAUAUACUUCCUUUCCGUUGCAUUUUAUAGCUGCCGAAUCAAACAGUCUAGAAUCAUAACAGUGCAUUUGAAGGAAGGUAAUAACAACAAAGGAAGAAACAACUUUUCAGUUUUCAGAUUUCACUUCCACUCUAUAUUUUUUCUGUCAUCAUCAUCCAGAACUCCUCAAAGUUUAUCGUGCCAUCAUCAUUGCUGUCAAUGUUGCCAAUUAUUUUUCAGGCACUCCUCGACAGAGCAUUCACUGAUUAGGCUGGCCGCCACCAUGCACAACUCCUUUGCAGAAAUAGUACUGUUACUGCUACUGUCGAAAAUUGAGAAUGAAUCUUCAAGUUUCUCCAACAAGAAAAAAACAUUGUCAGGGUAGACACCUUGGUGUUCAACUCAGUAAACUCUGUGAGGUUGAUGUGACCACCAUCAUCAGAAUCUACCUCGCUGAUCAUUUUAUGAAGCUCUUCCUAGCUCAUGUGUUGCCCAAGGCUUUUCGUCAUGGCACCCAGUUCUGAGGAGGAGAUUUUUUUUUUGUCACCAUUAGCAUCAAGUUUUUUAAACACAUACUCUAGUGCUUCCUUGAUGUGGGUGCAGGAAUGUAACGCAAGAAAGGCGAACAUUAUCCAUCGAGAAAUUCUCAACAGAGGACAAAAUUGAAUUUCUGCCGGAAUUCAACAAUCAAGCAAUUAAUUAGCUUGCAAAUUUUACUACAUGCAGGGAAUUCAACAAUCAAGCAAUUAAUGGUAAACCUCAGUUAGAACCAGUGGAUAUCUUUUCAAGAAAAAUAGAAGGCUUUUGGUCAAGAUGUCAGCUGUUUGCUGAUUGGAAGGCACAAAUGGCAAGCAAAUAAUUCCAGCAUCCAAUUUCUCAAAUAAUUGCUAGGCUCUCGGUAGACUGCCUCAAGGUGUUCUUCAUAAGGAGAGUGCAUAAACUGACUUACAACACUCACUGAAAAAGCAAUGUCAGGUCGGAUAUGAGACAAGUAAAUCAAUUUAUCAACUAACCUUUGGAAACCUUCUCCUGUACGUGGAUCACUUGUUCUUCAUGUAGAAAAGCUUAGCAGAAAUGUCAAUGAAGGGCACUAGAAAGAAAUUUUCAGAAUCCCCCUUUAUGCAUUAACUUCAGGUAACUUUGGUGGGAUUAUAAGUGUCGAGUUGGCAAUGGAUCGAACUGUCAAUCUUCCAAAAGGGUAUGGAUAUGUGCAGUUCAAGACAAGAGGGGAUGCUGAAAGGCAUUAUUGUACAUGGGUGGUGCCCAAAUAGAUGGCAAUGUCAUGAAGGCAAGAUAUACUCUACCUCCAAGGCAGAAAGUUUCACCACCCCCAAAGGCUUUUGCUGUUGCUCCAAAGAGAGACACCCCCAGGACUGAUAAUGCUAGUGCAGAUGUUAACAAGGAUGGACCAAAGCGGCAAAGAGAAUCUUCUUAGUCAGAGUGACCCAGGUCUUUCAAUUUCUCCAUUUCCUCCCUGCACAUGGUUGCAGAAGUUAGCUCUAUGCUGUUGGAGAAGCUUGUUGCUGCUGGAAUUGGGAAUCGUCCUGUUGUUUUUGUUACUCACAGCCCUCACAGUUGAGCAGCUGAAUGUGAAUAACACAAGAUCAGCAACAGACUUAGUUCUAACUGUGACUCAAAUUCUCAGAAAGCAUGGUGUUGUGGGGAAAUUUGUUGAAUUUUAUGGUGAUGGUAUGGGUGAAUUAUCUUUGGCUGACAGGGCCACUAUUGCCAAUAUGUCUCCUGAAUAUGGUGCCACCAUGGGCUUCUUCCCUGUGGAUCAUGUUACAUUACAGUAUCUCAAGUUAACGGGAAGAAGUGAUGAGACUGUCAAGCCUUGGGUUAAAACAAGUCUUGCUCUAGGCUCUGGAGUUGUUACAAAAUAUCUACUCCAGAGUGGACUGCAAAAAUAUCUAAAUGAACAAGGUUUUCAUAUUGUUGGAUUUGGCUGUACUACAUGUAUUGGCAAUUCAGGAGUGCUGGAUGAGUCCGUUGCUUCUGCCAUCUCAGAAAAUGGUCAUAUUUUGUAACAAAUUACAACUUGAACUGAAGCUGGAUGAGUCAUAAUGUGUAUAUAACUUGUUUUUUGGUUCUUUCUUUUUCUAUAAUAUUAUCUGAUUUUUCUUCUCUCUUUGUAAAGGUCAUUAUUUAUUGUACACCAUACACAAGUAAUAUAACUUGUACAAGGUAGUUCGUGCCGAUAGAGAAGCCCAUAAUAACAGCCUAAAAUAUCAGGAGUGACACCUUUUUAUACCAUUAUUAGAAAAAUUAAAAUGAGAGAAGGAAUUUGAGAGGUUGGAAUUCUGUUCUCUCAAGAGUGACUGAGAAUAAUUUGGAUUCAUGUUUUAUUGUUA